ACACACACUCGCACACACUGGCUGAGAGAGAAAGAGAGAGAGCCCACCGUCACAUCUGCGGGGCUGGGAAGAUGCCCUCUUGCUUUGGCACUGCGGUGCGGAUCUUCAUCACCACCCUAUUUGCGGCAGUGGUGCUUUUUGCCAUCCUACUGGCUUAUGUGACAGGUUACCAGUUCAUCCACACUGAGCAGCACCACCUGUCUUUUGGCUUGUACGGAGCCUUUCUAUCCCUUCACCUCCUCCUGCAGAGCCUCUUUGCCUUCCUAGAGCACCGACAAAUGCGUGGCCCUUCCAGACCCCAGCACCUGCGGCGCACUGUGGCCCUUUGCAUCGCAGCCUAUCAGGAGGAUCCGGACUACCUUCGCAAGUGUCUUUGGAGCAUUCGCCGCAUUUCUUUUCCCGGGCUUAAAGUAGUGCUGGUGGUGGAUGGAAAUCGGCAGGAGGAUGCUUACAUGAUGGACAUCUUCCAGGAGGUGAUAGGGGGAGUGGAGCAGACAGGCUGUGUGGUGUGGAAGGGGAAUUACCAUAGGGAUGGGGAUGGGGGAGGAGGGAAAGGUUCGUUGCAUGCUGAGGAAGCUGCACGGGUGGCCAGGGUGGUGCGGAGCUGUCGUUACUCCUGCAUCAUGCAAGAGUGGGGCGGCAAGAGGGAGGUCAUGUAUACAGCCUUCAAAGCACUGGGAGAUACUGUGGAUUACAUACAGGUAUGUGAUUCCGACACUGUACUUGAUCCAGCAUGCACCAUUGAGAUGCUGAAGGUUCUAGAGGAGGAUCCGGAAGUGGGUGGUGUUGGAGGAGAUGUUCAGAUUCUGAACAAGUACGACUCCUGGAUCUCCUUCCUGAGCAGUGUCCGUUACUGGAUGGCCUUCAACGUAGAGCGGGCAUGCCAGUCUUACUUUGGAUGUGUGCAGUGUAUCAGUGGACCUCUGGGAAUGUACCGCAACUCUCUUCUUCAGCAGUUCCUGGAGCCCUGGUACCAUCAGACCUUCCUAGGAAGCAAGUGCAGCUUCGGGGAUGAUCGCCACCUCACCAACCGCGUCCUCAGCUUUGGCUACAAAACCAAGUUCACGGCACGCUCACAAUGCCAAACCGAGACCCCCACUCAAUAUCUGCGCUGGCUCAACCAGCAGACCCGCUGGAGCAAGUCUUACUUUCGAGAGUGGCUCUACAAUGCCCUGUGGUUCCACAAGCACAGCCUCUGGAUGACCUAUGAAUCUGUGGUCACCGGGUUCUUCCCUUUCUUUCUGGUGGCUACAGUCAUCCACCUGUUCUACCGAGGCCGGUUAUGGAACAUCUUGCUCUUCUUGCUUACAGUCCAACUGGUGGGCAUGGUGAAAGCCACCUAUGCCUGCUUCCUGCGGGGCAGGCUUGUCAUGAUCUUCAUGUCACUGUAUUCACUACUCUACAUGUCAAGCCUGCUGCCUGCUAAGAUCUUUGCCCUGUUGACUAUUAACAAAGCAGGUUGGGGAACAUCAGGCAGGAAAAAGAUAGUGGUAAACCUAAUUGGGGCUGUGCCUGUGACCGUGUGGGCAGCCAUACUGCUCGGUGGCGUGGUUUACACCAUUUACUGUGAGGUGCAAGAGCCAUUUAGUGAGACAGAAAAGGCUCUUCUCAUUGCAGGCACCAUCCUCUAUGCCUGUUACUGGCUCAUACUCCUGGUGCUCUACCUGGCCAUAGUGGCUAAGCGCUGUAACAAAAGAGAGGAACAGUAUCACCUAUCCUAUGCGGAAGCCUAGCAUGGUCUCUCCAAAAGAUCUCUACAUGCUGUCAGGGCUCAUUUGAAAUGGCCCCGUCUUUACCUGGUGCUGCAAUCUUGGUUAUAAUUAUGGAUCAUGUGCAAGUCCAAGCUGCCGGAUGCUGUUAGCUAUGGCUACUUGAGAGGUUUCAAACAGUGGAGUUUUUGAGAGAGCCAUAAUUUACAAAAGCUGACAUCAGGAAUGGUGCUUCUCUUGAUUAUAAAGCACACAAUAAGGAGGCGGCCAGCCAAGGUGGAAACAAAAAGUUGAGCCAAAGGUUAGUGCAAGAGUGAUAAGUUAAUGUAGUUAAGCUGGCACACUCAUAUUAAGUUAAGGGACUAUAUUGGUGCUUGGAUUUAUAAUUAGACAGAAUGUGAACUUUCAAGGAAUGAGAGAUGUGUGCCAACACUUGAGGAAACCUGCAUAAGACAUUGAGUUUGCCAAACCCAGUCAGUAUUUUAACGUCUUUUAUCUGACAAUCCAGCAUAAUUCUAUAUUUCAUCAUUAAAAAUUGUGGUGCUGCAGAUCCUUUUGUGGGGUAGCAUGAUAGAACAUUCAAGAAAGUACAAACAGCAUUUAAAUGAGAAUUUUAUGGUACUCCACAAAUAUUUACUACACUGUACAUGUUUACAGUUCAAGAUGUAUAUAGUAACAUCCAGUUCCAGUAAAUGGAUAGUGUCAGGCAACCAAAGAGGAUUUUCUCUAGCAUCUAGAAUGUUUUGUUCCUGUGUGUUAGUUUAAAAAAAAAAUGGAGGAAAGAUUGAUUUCCUAUUUUUAUUCCCAUUCUCC